CUAGAGGAGUGUUUCUUUCUCAUUCUUUGCGGUUCGGUACGGUUCGUUUCUUUCAACUACAUUUUUUGUUCCUUUCGGCUUUUAAUAGUCUGAAGAAAUACCCAGAACAUUCCGUUUUCUCAGGAAGCAGACGAAGGGAACCGUAAAAUCCACUUAACAGUCGCAUUUUGGCGCCACUUCAUCUUCCUUCAUGGCGUCCGAUUCCGGCGGAGCCACAAUCGCUGUCGAAAAUGGCGGAAACUUAGAAACCCUAAACCUCAAUUCCACAGAACUCUACUCAUCAGCAACUUCCUCUGUUUCUCCACUGUUCCCUCCACCGAAACCACCGUUUUCUUCUCCCUCAAUCCUACAAUCGAAGCGGAUUCCCAAAACUAACUUCAUCGUCGAUUUGUUUCGCUUCCCAUCCUUCUCCUCCGAUUCCUCCUCCGUCGCUUUUUUCCUCUCGCACUUCCACUCCGAUCACUAUUCCGGCCUCUCCCCUUCUUGGUCCAGAGGAAUUAUCUUCUGCUCUCACCAAACGGCAAGCCUCGUGAAAGAAAUCCUUCAAGUUCCGUCACAAUUGGUUUUCCCUUUGCCUAUGAAUCAAAAGGCUGUCAUCGAUGGCUCUGAGGUUGUUCUGAUUGAUGCAAAUCACUGCCCAGGAGCGGUACAGUUCCUGUUCAAAAUCACAUUGGAGAACGACACAUUCGAGAGGUACGUUCACACUGGAGAUUUCAGAUUCUGUGAUUCGAUGAGAUUGGAUCCAUUCCUUAGUGGCUUCAUCGGCUGUGACGGUGUUUUUCUCGACACUACUUAUUGCAAUCCGAAAUUCGUUUUUCCCUCGCAAGAAGAGUCUGUUGAUUAUGUGAUUAGUGUGAUAGAUAAGAUUGAUGGAGAGUCUAAGGUCACGGAGCAAAAGGUUUUGUUUCUUGUUGCGACUUAUGUUGUUGGUAAAGAGAAGAUUCUUAUUGAGAUUGCUAAGAGAUGCAAGAGGAAAAUCUUUGUGGACGCGAGAAAGAUGUCGAUUAUUUCCAUUUUAGGCUGUGGAGAGAUCGGAAUGUUCACAGAGGAUGAGAACGAGAGCGAUGUUCAUGUUGUGGGAUGGAAUGUAUUGGGUGAGACUUGGCCGUAUUUUCGGCCGAACUUUGUGAAGAUGAACGAGGUUAUGGUUGAGAAAGGGUAUGAUAAGGUUGUAGGCUUUGUGCCCACAGGGUGGACUUAUGAAGUGAAGCGGAAUAAGUUUGCUGUGAGGUUUAAAGAUUCGAUGGAGAUUCAUCUUGUACCGUAUAGCGAGCAUUCGAACUAUGAUGAGCUUAGAGAGUACAUAAAGUUCCUGAAACCUAAAAGAGUUAUUCCUACUGUUGGAGUUGAUAUCGAGAAGUUUGAUAGCAGGGAGGUUUAUAAGAUGCAGAAGCAUUUUUCUGGACUUGUAGAUGAAAUGGCGAACAAGAAAGAGUUUUUGCUGGGUUUCUAUCGCCAGUCUAGCCAGAAGAAUGAGAAAAAUGACAUGAAUGUUGGAAAAGAUAAGAAGGCAUGUGAAGACAGUUCGGCGACUGAAAAGUUGCGGACAGAACUGCGUGAUUCUUUGCCUGGUUGGGUCACUCAAGAGCAGAUGUUAGAUCUGAUUAACAAACAUGGUGGUAAUCCCGUAGAUGUAGUAAGCAACUUUUAUGAACGUGAAGCAGAGCUUUACAAGCAAUCCUCUCUUGCCACAUCGACUUCCUUGGAAAAUCAGGCUGUUUUGUUUGAUGACGAUGGAACGGACUUGCAACAAAACCCUGCUAAGAGCACUUGUCCAGAUGGUCACGCAAGUCAAAAAGGUUUUGCCUUACCAAGCAAAGUGGGUUUAACAAAGGGAACUAUUUCUCCCUUGAAAAGAGGCAAAAGCAUAGGCAGUAAGUCAAACAAGAAGGCUAAGAAAGAUUCUAAGUCGAAACCAGUUGGUCCAGGGCAGUCAACCAUAACUAAAUUCUUCAAUAAGGUCUUGGAUAGUGGUUCUAGUGUGGGUUCAGAGACUGUAGAAUGCACUACAUAUGAAAAAGUGGUCCACAAUGGUGCUACAGAAGCAUACAAAGAAGUAACAGACCAGUUUAUUGAUAUUGUUAAUGGUUCUGAAUCUUUAAGAGAGUAUGCUGCUUCCAUCAUUGAUGAGGCUAAAGGAGAUAUAAAUACGGCAUUGAACAUCUAUUACAGUAACCCCAGUGACAUAUCUCGCAAAGCAAGUCAGUUUCCGCAAUGUCCUGAAGCGUGCUCCUCUCAAGAGGACAAAACCGUGCUAGAAAAUUCAGGAAAUGCAGUUAGCUUAUGGAAGCAGACAUCAGCAGAGGAGAUUGUGGACAAAAAUUAUGUAUCUCUUCCUCCCGAAAAGUAUAAACCUAAAGAGCACGCUUGUUGGAGGGAUGGACAGCCUGCUCCAUAUAUCCACCUUGUCCGAACAUUUGCUUCAGUUGAAGGUGAAAAGGGAAAAAUCAAAGCUAUGUCUAUGCUUUGCAACAUGUUUAGAAGCUUGUUGGCUCUCUCUCCAGAAGAUGUGUUGCCCGCUGUUUAUCUUUGCACAAAUAAGAUUGCCGCUGACCAUGAGAAUAUUGAACUUAACAUUGGUGGAAGUCUGAUCUCUUCUGCAUUGGAAGAAGCAUGUGGAAUAAGUCGGUCUACUAUGAGGGAGAUGUAUAAUAAAUUGGGGGAUCUUGGGGAUGUUGCUCAGCUAUGUCGGCAAACGCAAAAGCUACUGGUUCCUCCACCACCACUUCUAGUUAGAGAUGUGUUUUCAACUCUACGAAAGAUAAGUGUGCAGACAGGUACUGGAAGUAAUAGGCAAAAGAAAAACCUCAUCGUGAAGCUAAUGCGUUCUUGUAGAGAGAAAGAGAUCAAAUUUCUAGUUAGAACAUUGUCCCGUAAUUUAAGGAUUGGCGCUAUGCUGAGAACUGUUCUGCCUGCACUAGGGCGAGCAAUCGUUAUGAAUUCCCUUUGGAAAUGCCAUAACAAAGAGCCAUCAGACAACUGUUUCAGAGAGAAACUCGAGGGUGUUUCUGCUGCUGUAGUUGAGGCUUACAAUAUACUUCCUUCUCUGGACGUGGUUGUUCCUUCUCUCAUGGACAAAGGCAUUGAGUUUUCAACAUCAACUCUGUCAAUGAUCCCAGGGAUACCUAUAAAACCCAUGCUUGCAAAAAUUGCUAACGGGGUUCAAGAAUUUCUCAAACUCUUCCAAGACAAAGCUUUUACAUGUGAAUACAAAUAUGAUGGCCAGCGCGCACAGAUCCAUCAGUUACAUGAUGGUACUGUGCGCAUCUUCUCUCGAAAUGGUGAUGAAACAACUUCAAGAUUUCCUGAUCUGGUUGAUGUUAUAAAACAGUUUGCUUGCCCUGCUGCUGAGACAUUCAUGUUGGAUGCAGAGGUGGUUGCAACCGAUAGAAAGAAUGGAAACAAACUCAUGUCAUUCCAAGAAUUAUCAACAAGAGAGAGAGGGAGCAAAGAUGCUUUGAUAACUACAGAAAGUAUUAAGGUUGAAGUCUGCGCCUUUGUGUUUGAUAUUAUGUUCUUGAAUGGUGAACAGCUGUUGGCUCUUCCACUCCGUGAGAGACGAAAACGUCUAAAGGAGGUCUUCCCUGAGACCAGGCCAGGUUAUCUUGAGUAUGCAAAGGAAAUCACUGUGGGAGCAGAAGAAGCGUCUUUGAAUAAUCAAGACACAUUGUUUAGAAUAAACGCUUUUCUAGAAGAAGCAUUUCAGUCAUCUUCUGAAGGAAUCAUGGUUAAGUCUUUAAAUGUUGAUGCCGGAUACUGCCCCACAAAGCGUUCUGAUUCAUGGCUCAAGGUAAAACGAGAUUAUGUAGAUGGAUUAGGUGACACAUUGGAUUUAGUUCCUAUAGGUGCUUGGCAUGGCAACGGGCGAAAAGCGGGAUGGUAUAGUCCAUUCCUCAUGGCCUGUUUCAACACUGAGACUGAGGAAUUCCAGAGUGUCUGCCGUGUCAUGUCUGGGUUCUCUGAUGCCUUUUACAUCGAGAUGAAAGAGUUCUACUCCGGAGAUAAGAUCCUAGCGAAAAAGCCGCCUUACUACAGAACAGGGGAGACACCAGACAUGUGGUUUUCUACAGAGGUUGUCUGGGAAAUCAGAGGUGCGGAUUUAACCGUCUCACCAGUUCACAACGCAGCUUUGGGUCUCGUCCAUCCAUCACGAGGCAUCUCUGUUAGGUUUCCGAGAUUUAUCCGUCAAGCGAAGGAUAGGAAUCCUGAGGAAUGCAGCACGGCUGUAGAUGUCGCAGAGAUGUUUCAUGCUCAAACCAGAAAAAUGAACAUUUAAGUCUUAACAUUAACAUGAUCCCAGUCUGAUCAGGUUAUAUUUUACCUUUUUUGGUUCGUUUAGGAGGCAUUUACCUAACGGUCCUAACCCAAACACAAUGUUUUUAUUGGGUCACAUAGCCCCAUCGUAUGUAUAGUCCUUUUAUAUUGUGGUUAGGUUACAUGUAAAGUGUGUAUGUAUAUAAGGCGUAGCCUCUGUAAACGAUGAAUCCAAGAAAACCCUUUAACACAACAAAGUUUUUUGACAUAGUAUUAGAGUUUUAAGAUCUACACUUUAAUCUUUUGAUUUUUA